CGCGCGUCUUCUUCGUCGCUCCCGACCUUGCGGGCGCGUUCGCGCUGCGCGUUCCCGCACCCGGACCUCACCAAUGGGCGAGAUAAGAGCAUCAAAAUCGGAGGAUAGUACCCGGAGAUUAAAAAAAGAAGAAAAUGUGGAUGGAGUGAAAGUAGAACAGAAAAUAUACGUGGUAGAUGAACAUUAAACGAACAGGGAGCGCAAACAGUUGCAGGAAUCUGAACGAAAAAAAUAUUUCUCUUCUUUAUUUAGAGAAAAUAACGUUUUUAAGGGGACCUCGGGAUGAAUGGGGGUGCUGAUAGUUCGCCAAGGCAGCACCGGAUAAUGGACCUGGCUUGAACACGGGAGGGUGAAUGAAGACCACUGCACACCAGCAGUGAGAUUUUUUUUCACUUCCCAGCUUUUUGUGAUUGCAGUCCAACCGCCGAUGACAGGACCACAGAGGACCAGGUUCCAUGACUGAGCGUGGGUGACAGUAGCUGAGGGGACCCCGCUUUGUAUGUUGGUGUCUUGCAACCGGAGCCUUUCUCACGGAGCAUGUGGUUGGCACAGAAGAGAAGCCGCCUGCUGGCGCACCUCCGGGGCUGGCGCCCGGCCAAGGCGGGCCGAGGUGUCGUCGCCGCCACCCUCUGGGUGCUGAGCUUCUUCUGGCCCCUUGCGAUGGUUGGCGGCCAGAGCUACCACCCCACAGUCAACACGCAGUUUGGCAAGCUGAGGGGAGUGCGGGUCCCGCUCCCCAGUGAGAUCCUGGGGCCGGUAGACCAGUACCUGGGGGUCCCGUACGCUGCUUCCCCGGUGGGCGAGAAACGCUUCAUGCCCCCUGAACCCCCCUCCUCCUGGUCAGGGAUCAAGAAUGCCACCCACUUUGCUCCAGUCUGCCCACAGAACAUUCACAAUGCUGUGCCCGAGAUCAUGAUGCCGAUAUGGUUCACCUUUAACCUGGAUAUAGUCGCCACGUACAUACAAGACCAAAACGAGGAUUGCUUGUAUUUAAACAUCUAUGUUCCAACUGAGGAUGACAUCCGAGACACUGGUGCCAAACCCGUGAUGGUCUACAUUCACGGAGGGUCCUACAUGGAAGGCACUGGGAACAUGAUCGACGGGAGUGUUCUGGCCAGCUACGGGAACGUUAUCGUCAUCACGCUCAACUACAGGGUUGGAGUCCUGGGGUUCCUCAGCACAGGAGACCAGGCAGCCAAAGGAAACUAUGGCCUCCUGGAUCAGAUCCAGGCGCUGCGUUGGAUCAGCGAGAACAUCGGGUACUUCGGAGGCGAUUCCAAUCGCAUCACGGUUUUCGGAUCAGGAAUCGGAGCCUCCUGUGUCAGCCUGCUCACGCUAUCCCACCACUCGGAAGGCCUCUUCCACAGGGCCAUCAUCCAGAGUGGCUCGGCGCUGUCCAGCUGGGCAGUCAACUACCAGCCGGUCAAAUACACACGCCUGCUGGCUGAGAAGGUGGGCUGCAAUGUGUUGGACACCCUGGACAUGGUGGACUGCCUGAGGCGCAAAAGUGCCCGUGAGCUCGUAGAGCAGGACAUUCAGCCAGCGCGCUACCAUGUGGCUUUUGGCCCGGUCAUUGACGGGGACGUGAUCCCCGAUGACCCCGAGAUACUGAUGGAGCAGGGCGAGUUCCUCAACUACGACAUCAUGCUGGGUGUCAACCAGGGAGAGGGCCUGCGAUUUGUGGAAAGCGUUGUUGACUCAGAGGACGGCGUCUCAGGCAACGACUUUGACUUCUCCGUCUCGGACUUUGUGGACAGUUUAUAUGGCUACCCAGAGGGCAAAGACACACUGCGGGAGACCAUCAAGUUUAUGUACACUGACUGGGCGGACCGCGACAACCCCGAAACUCGUCGCAAGACCUUGGUGGCGCUCUUCACUGACCACCAGUGGGUGGAGCCAGCUGUGGUGACAGCAGACUUGCACGCCCGAUAUGGAUCCCCUACCUACUUCUACGCCUUCUACCACCACUGCCAGAGCCUGAUGAAGCCCGCGUGGUCCGACGCAGCCCAUGGGGACGAGGUGCCCUACGUCUUUGGCAUUCCCAUGAUCGGCCCCACUGAUCUUUUCCCCUGCAACUUCUCCAAGAACGACGUCAUGCUCAGUGCUGUAGUCAUGACCUACUGGACCAACUUCGCCAAGACCGGGGAUCCCAACAAGCCGGUGCCCCAGGACACAAAGUUCAUCCACACCAAGGCCAACCGCUUUGAAGAGGUGGCCUGGUCCAAGUACAACCCCCAGGACCAGCUGUACCUGCACAUCGGACUCAAGCCACGCGUCCGGGACCACUACCGUGCCACCAAGGUGGCCUUCUGGAAGCACCUAGUGCCCCACCUCUACAACCUUCAUGAUAUGUUCCACUACACCUCCACCACCACCAAAGUGCCCCCACUGGAGACUACCCAGAACUCCCUGUCUACCAAGCGUCCCAACGGCAAGGCCUGGCCCAUCAACACUAGGCGGCCACCCAUGUCACCGGCAUACAACAGCGAGAACGGCAAGGAGCCGUGGAAUGGUGACGAGGAGACGGGUCCACUUGUGGUGGAGAACCCACGUGACUACUCCACCGAGUUGAGUGUCACUAUCGCAGUGGGUGCUUCAUUGCUAUUCCUCAAUGUGCUGGCCUUCGCUGCCCUCUACUAUCGCAAGGACAAGCGUAGACAAGACUCGCACCGGCAGCCCAGCCCGCAGCGGCAGGCCAACGCCAAUGACGUGGGCCAUGCCCCAGAGGAGGAGAUCAUGACCUUGCAGAUGAACCAGACCCACCACGAGUGUGAGGCCGGGGCUCCCCAUGACCCCCUGCGUCUGGCCUCCCUACCUGACUACACCCUCACCCUCCGCCGCUCGCCCGACGACAUCCCACUCAUGACACCCAACACCAUCACCAUGAUCCCCAACUCCCUGGUGGGGAUGCCCAACCUCCAUCCCUAUAAUACUUUCACAGCUGGCUUCAACUCCACUGGCCUGCCACACUCACACUCCACCACCCGGGUAUAGCUUUAAGGAGAGGAGGGGGUGGAAAGAGAUUGGAUGGGGAGGGCUACAAUUGCUUUUUAAGAAUAUUCUGGGGUAUGGAGCGGGUUCAAGGGCGAGAAAUAAAGGAAGAACUUUUACAACAAAGAGUCGCCAAGGCUCAUUCUGGAUGUCAAGUUGUGUCGAACUGCCAAACUGGAAGUGACUCCCUUCCUACACGGAGGGACAAAUCUGUCCGCAGCAUUUUUCUUUUCUAAUCAUUUUAAAUCGCCUUUUUAAAAUGACUGUGGAGAAAAUAACACUUUGUUCUCUAACAGACCACAAGAAACAAAGAGAAGUGCUUUUUAUUUCCCAUUUCUGUCUCCUAUGGGAAAGUAGUUUGAAAACUAUGGCCUCUAACGAUGACAUCUGCGCAUCAUUUGUGUUCAUAUAUAUAUUUUUUUUCAAUGCCUUACGAGAAAGCUUGUUCAUUUGUUUAUACUCUGACCUGCAGCAGUUCCGUGCAGAACGCGUGACGUUCCGACGCGGCGGUUUGAGGAGGACGAGUCCAGCACACGGGAAUGAACUGUCCAAGCGGCCCUGUGAUUUGCCGCACAUCCGCGGAAAGCGUUGGCUUUUUUCACCUAAAGCAUAAACAGUACACAUGAAACAGACUCUGCUGAACAGGAGGCACCGCAGAGAUGAGAACAAUGUUACUGUGAUUGUUUUGUUAAGAGAAAAGUGCAUCUUUUACAACAAAUUAUCUAUCAAUCUAUCUAUCUUAUCCUAUCUCUCCAUGAAAUGCGUACUCGCACACGGUGCCUUGAGCACUCGCGCGCGUGUGUGUGUGCGUGCACUGGUUUUGGGUUUGUAGAGCAUCCGUG